AUGACCCGUCAACCAACCUCGUCGCCGGGACGUAGCGACACUGAAGGGAUUCCAGAAUCGGUCGUGACCGAUUUAUGGCCCACGCCUCCCGUGGCAGAGAAGAGGACGUACAGCUUAUCCCAUCACGGCGUGACGAUUGAGGACCCAUGGCACUGGCUUCGCGACCCGAAUUACCCAACGGUGGAUGACACUGACAUCCUGGCGUAUCUGACGGCCGAAAAUGAAUAUUUUCAGGCCUCUAUGUCGCCCCACAAGCAACUGGUCGACACGAUUUUCGAGGAAAUCAAGUCACGGCAGCAGCCCGACCUGUCCAGCGUGCCCUGGAGGAGAGGGGACUGGUACUACCAGUGGAGCUUCCAAGAGGGGAGCCAGUACCGCGUCUGGCAGCGAUGGCCAGCUGACGUUCCCGAAGCCAGAGAAGGGCCAACCGCCGACGCAAAUACGAUUCUUGACGAACCUGACCUCGCGAAGGACCGUGAAUAUUUUCGUCUAGGCUCCAUUUCAGUUAGCAACGACGGAUCGCUUCUCGCCUUUAGCACCGACACCGAUGGCUCGGAGAGGUUCCGGAUGCUGGUCAAGGACCUGGAAACCGGAGAGAUGCGGCAGGAUGAGAUCGCCGGCACCACAGGAAGCGCCGUUUGGGCGGCCGACGACGCAUCGUUUUUCUACACGCUGGUCGACGAGAACUGGCGGCCCUGGCAAGUGCGACGGCACGUGGUGGGCCAGCCAGCGACCGAAAGACGCAGUUGUGUACGAGGAGACCGAUUCCGGCUUUUUCGUCGGGUUAUCUAA